UGCAGGAAGGAAGAAAAAAAUCACACCUUGGGAUGCCUGCAGCCGUUAGAUCCGACGGCACUUGGGGGGGAGGAGAGGUUCCAUAGUGGUCUGGACCGGGGGAAUAGAUGGAGACGGGGGAUUUCUUGGGAAGCGGGAAGCGGGGGAUGACGGCGACAUGGGAUAACGGGAGAUUUUUUGGCGAUGAAUAGAAGUGUGUGUAAGCGUGGGUUUUGGGAGAAGGGAUUUGUAGAGGCUUAUAUAUAUGUUGCUCUUUUGUAUGGGUUAUUGGGGGAGGAAAAGAGAAGAUCAAUGCCUAUCAAUUCAUGCGAAGAGGCGGAGGUGAGCCACUUAUACCGAGAGAACUGGGGGCAAUGGAUGUCAGCCGUGGUUGAAUUUGUUUGCUACACAUUAAUGCCUUGCUGCUUGCCAGGGCACUAAGCAGUCUAUCCGGGUGCCUAUUAUUACUACCUUGGG